AUGGAUUUGAAUUUUAUUGUUUUUCCUGCUCCUAAGUGUUCUUACUCAGAAGAUAUAAUCAACGGUUAACUGAUAUUUAUACCAAAAUAUGAAGAUAAAGAGAAUAUUCUGCAAAGAGGGUUAUCAUAAAAUAAUCCUUCAACUAGCUCUGAUAGUUAAAGCCCUGAAAAAGAAUAAGAAUUUUCAGCUACUAGAAAUAAAAACUUUGGAUCUCAUACGAAACCAAUUAAUUAUAAAAAAAAAUUAUCUAAGUAAGCAAAUUAUUAUUCCAACAAUCAAUCUUUCAACUUUGAAGAUGCUUUUUACAACGAAGAAUCUUCUCAUAGGAUUUUUUACUCAACUUCUUCACAGCGAUAGUCUAAAUAUAAUUCAAAUCAAGCAACAAAUACAAAUUUAGAGAACUACCCAUAAAAUUUAGCUUAAGCCUAAAGCAAUAAUAUCCUGAUUUAAAAAGUGGAUAAUGUAAAGAAAGAUAAGGACUAUAUAUAAAUCAUGUAAAAAACAGCAGUACUAGCUAAUGAAAAAAAGAAUACAUAAAUAUACGAAGAUAGUAAUAAAAGUUGUCAUGAAUUGAAUUCUUGUGAUUUAGAAUUAAAGGAGGAAGAUGAUGAGGAUUUUAUGUAGAAAGAUUGUAAUGAAUUUGAUGAAAUGUACUCUAAUAUCCAGUGCAAUAUCAAACCAGAUUCAAUCACUUAAUACAGUUUUUCAAAAAAUCAAUAACAGUAGAAUUUACAAAUGAAUGAAAAAUAAAUUGAUUCUGGAUCAUCUAAAAAUUCAAUUCUUCAAUAAAAAAAUGAUGCCAACAAUUAAUGUCAUCCAAAAUAAAAUCAAAAUUAAAAUUUUAAAAAAGCUUAAACUAUGUUUUCAAAAACAACUUGUAAUAGUCCUACAACUAAUUCAUAGAAACAGUAAACAUGUAAAUAUCUCCCUUGCUUGUAUUUGAAUUCGGGUAACCACUCACCUAAUUAUCUUCUAUACUUUCAUGGAAACGGCGAGGACAUUAAUCUUUCUUAUGAUCUUCUUUCCCACAUGAAGAAUAAUUUGGAGAUAAAUGUUAUUGCAAUGGAGUAUCCUGGAUACGGUAUUUAUGAGGAGUAUGAUACUUCUGCCGAUAAAUCUGAACUAAUCCUCAAAGAUGCUGAGUAUCUCUAUGACUAUUUGACAAAUGUUUUGCAUAUAGAUGAAAAGAAAAUUAUAGUGUUUGGAAGAUCUAUUGGGUCAGGGCCUGCUACUCAUGUUGCGGCACAUAGAAAUCCUGGAGCUUUAGUGCUAAUGAGUGCAUUUACUAGCCUCAGAUAAGUUGCUUCAGAUUUAGUGGGCAAAUUUUUAUCUCUUGCACUUAAAGAUCGCUUUAAUAAUCUAGAAAAUAUAAAAAAUGUUACCUGUCCCACUUUCUUAGUCCAUGGGCUUAUAGAUAAACUCAUUUCAUACAAUCAUUCUCUAAAUCUUUUUUAAAAUUGUGGUGGAAUUUGUUAAAUUAGCAUCCCAAAAGAAAUGACUCAUGUUGAAUUUGAUUUCUAUGAAGAUUUUUCUAAACCAUUAAUCGAGUUUCUUUUAAAAAAUAAAUUUAAUCUAUUUAAUUACUCUCCUAGAUAUAAUUUUAGUAUUCCUCGCUUUUUGUUUACUAAUCCUAAAAGUUAAAAUAAGAUUAUAGAUCAUCAAAAUGACCCUUAAAGCUCUCGUUCUUUGAAUCAAUUUGAACCUUAAAAAAUAUAUAGCUAAAAACUGAGAUCAAGUUUUCAGUGA